AUGGAUAGGAUUCCGACUAUGUGUGCUCUUCGUAAAAGAAAUAUUAAUGUUGGAGAUGGCUUAUGUGUCUUUUGUGGUGAAGUUGAGGAGACGACAAAUCAUUUAUUUACAGCUUGCAGGUUGAUAACGGGAGUUUGGUUUGCCAUUGCUUCGUGGUGUAACAUCGCUCCGUUUUUCUUCUUCUCUAUAAAGGAUAUUGUAAAGGUGAUAGAGUACAUGCCGGCAUCGGAUGCAAAGAAAGAGGCUGUGUAUGGCGUUCUUAUUUUAACAUGCUGGCGUCUUUGGAAGGCUAGAAAUGAUAAAGUUUUUUCUGAUAUUGACACAGAGGUGGUUAAGAUCGUCUCGGACAUUAAGUCGUUGGGAUAUUUGUGGUUUAAGAGUAGAUAUAAGAAGGGUUCGAUUGAUUGGAAAGGGUGGUAUAAUUUUAAUUUUAAUUUGAUGUAA